UAGGCCCUGUAAAUUCGCCCAUCUUCGGGCUACAGCUCUCGGUGUUGCCCCUAUUCCCACAGGGCCCCUGUCGCUGUUCCCACUUGUCCUGUCACUCUUGUCUUUAGGAUCUUUUUCGCUUCCUUGUUCAUCUCUGCCGGAACGUUUGCUUAGAGCUGUCGUCAGGCAGCGCUGACCGGUGUUAAAAUAACUACUUCGAGCCUCAGGACUCCAUCCCGAUGGAAGACUCAUUCCCCACCCGGAUCUAGUCGGAGCUGUGUUCCGCGGACUCAAACCGAGCGGGCUGAGAGCUGCACGGCCUCCUCUCGGCAGCGAUCUGUGCCCUGUGGGGGCGGGAGGCGAAAUUUGGGGUCCGGGGAGAGCUUGGACUUUGGUCCUGUCGCGGUGGAGGGACACACAGUAGGUGAUGGUGGAUGUUACCCCAGUGAUCUGUUGUUGAGCUUAAUCCAUCACCGCCUGUUUUGUUUUGUCCUUUCCCAGGAAUAACUUUACAAAAGGGAAGAUACUUUUCGUCUGCCCUUUCCGCCAGAAAUGGCCAAUGUGCUCUGUAACAGAGCCAGACUGGUUUCCUAUCUCCCAGGAUUUUGCUCUUUAGUUAAAAGGGUUGUCAAUCCCAGAGCCUUUUCAACUGCAGGAUCUUCAGGUUCUGAUGAGUCUCAUGUGGCCACUGCACCUCCAGAUAUCUGCUCUCGAACAGUUUGGCCUGAUGAAACUAUGGGACCAUUUGGACCUCAAGAUCAGAGAUUCCAGCUUCCUGGGAACAUAGGUUUUGAUUGUCACCUCAGUGGGACCGCAUCACAGAAGAAAAGCCAGAUUCAUAAAACUUUACCUGAUGUCCUAGCAGAACCUUUAUCAAGUGAAAGACACGAGUUUGUUAUGGCACAAUAUGUGAAUGAAUUUCAGGGUAAUGAUGCACCUGCUGAGCAAGAAAUUAACAGUGCGGAAACUUACUUUGAAAGUGCCAAAGUAGAGUGUGCAAUCCAAACAUGUCCAGAGUUGCUGCGAAGAGAUUUUGAAUCACUGUUUCCAGAAGUAGCCACCAACAAACUAAUGAUUCUGACUGUAACACAGAAAACUAAGAAUGAUAUGACUGUGUGGAGCGAGGAGGUAGAAAAUGAAAGAGAAAUGCUCCUAGAAAAGUUCAUCAGUGGUGCUAAGGAAAUUUGCUACGCCCUUCGAGCUGAAGGCUAUUGGGCUGAUUUUAUUGACCCAUCAUCUGGUUUAGCAUUUUUUGGACCAUAUACAAACAACACUCUUUUUGAAACAGACGAACGCUAUCGACAUCUAGGAUUCUCUGUUGAUGAUCUUGGCUGCUGUAAAGUGAUUCGUCACAGUCUCUGGGGUACCCAUGUGGUUGUAGGAAGUAUCUUCACUAAUGCAACACCAGACAGCCAUAUUAUGAAGAAAUUAAGUGGAAACUAGCACUAAUGUCAACUUAAUUUGCUCUGCUAUUUGUAACAUUUGGGAUGAUCUAUAAACAUUGUCAAAGGCUUCAGUUUUUAAAAAUGACUUCCUUGUAGGUAUUUAUUUCAAAAUUUAUGAAUUUACAAUAUUGGCAAGUGGUUUGGGAUUUUUAAAUUUCAAAUGUUCAUUCAUAGUAUCAUUAAAUACAUCUUGAGCACAUCCACAUUGUACAGAAUGUGGUAAUUAACACGUAACCAGGGUAUGAUCUCAUAUUGUUAUUUCUCCCCUGAAUUGGAAAAACCUGUUUUAAAUAUUUUUCUCCAAAAAUAAAUCAUACAUUUGGUUAUGA